GUCUCUCCCAUUCAACGACGCGAUUGUCUACCGUCGCCUCUACGUAUGUUUCCUCCUAACGACGGAGAGUGCCGGUUUUAAAUCUUCUAACCAUCUUCGUAAUACGCAGGACCGAUGUUACUGUUUUUUUUUUUUUUUUUUUUUGAUUAAGGAACCGCGACAAUAAAUUUGUAUAUUAGAAGGAAAAAGUAAAAGAUACGCGUUAUACGCAGCUACAGGUGUACUUUGUCGGCUCUCCGUUUCAAAUGGGACGAAUAACUUACAUAAGUAUAAUGUAGAAUAAUUGUUGCCCGAAUCUGCAAUACUCUUCGAUGUUCAACACCUGGACGCGUUAAUAUUGAUCGUUUAUUGGAGCAAAACAAUUCGAUCACUUCGAACGAUUUAAGACUGAUAAUGAGCGUGGAAAAUACAAAAACUUCAAAAACGAUGACCGGAAAAAUUGGGGAAAAGCUCGGCGAUAUCGUGGUUGCUGGUGCCGAGGCUGCGGCUCAAAUUUCUGUUGGCCAAGGAAUCCUCAGAGUUACCGAUCGCUUGCUGUGGAUCGUUGAAAAAUCGGCACAAUGGAGUCUACCGGUCCAGGAAAUCAAUUCCGAAGAGAAUGGCAAAACCUUUGGAACUAUAGAACUUGUGCGUCCGUUGCCCUGGAUAUUUUUCCUGCCAAGUUUGAUAAUGCUGCGAGUUGUUAGACUCAGCGUAAACGUUGGUGCCGUCGUUCUUGGCUAUCCUAAGCUACAGGCAACUGGGAUGGUGAAGAUAAUUCAGAAGGGACGCCGACGUCUUCGUGCGAUAAAAUUAAGCGGCAUGAGGAAUAUGAGAUCUCGGAGGGUUUCAGCGAAGAAGGAGGAGGAAUUAAACGAAGCUAAAAGGAGCCUCGUUAGUUCGAUGCUUUCCACUCUUUCGGCUUUGUCCUGCUUGGAAGCUUCCCGAAGAACUCCUUCACCUCCGCCGACUAAAGUUUAUGUCCAAUCCAGUGAGCCAGAUGCAACCCCAACACCGGAGGAACAGUCAAUGACCGAAUCUGCCAACUCUCACGUUGAAUCGAAGCGGAAAUAUUCACAGGUUACCGAACCCAACGAUAGUUCUGAAGAUUCCGAAGAAGAAUCAACGCAAGCGCAGCUUGCCAGAUUAGCGGCCGAAGACAGUGAGGCCGAUGAUGAGGACUUUGAUCCUACUAAAGAAGAAUUGGCAACUUCUGAGAGCUCCAGUUCCGAGGAAGACGAUGGUGAUUAUCUAAGUGAGUCAGAAAUCAACGAUCUUCGCCUUGCCUCCCAUUUGAGCCCCGGAAUAUUCAUCAAAGAUGUAAUCACUGAAGAAUUGGAACCGGAACCAGAAACAACAGUAGAUGAUGAAAUAGGCACAAACGAAAUGUUGGUUUGUGUAAACAAAAUGACCGAAGAAAAAUCCCUGGUCACGUUAGAAGCAGCAGCAAAAACUGAAAAUGAUAACCAGCCGCAUGAUUCACAUAUACCCGUUACUCCUGGGCAAGACGGAAUAGUUUCGGGAAAUUUUUAUUCUCCGAUCAACUCGCAAAGUGAUUCUAUUGGAGAUUACACAUCCCCUGAAUCGAAUGAUUCAGCAAAGCAGCAAAGUGAUAUAAGCGAGCAGUUCAAUGACGUGUCAGAUCAGAGCAAAACCGACAUAGAAACGCACUUUGAUAACGGAGAUUCGAACGUUAGUGAAUCAUCGACAAUUUCAGGAAAUUCUCCAGAGGGGACUACCACGAACGGUACCAAGCACCAGAAACGAAGUAACGCCACUGGUAAAUCUCACCACAAGGGAAAGCAUGCCAGCUUGUCACACCGCAAGAAAAAAUGAGCUGAAACGAAGAACAUAUUCAACAUAUGGACUAUACUAACGGAAGUGCACCGUUGGGCAUUGCAUAAUUCUUUCUUAAACCGUCAAUGGGUAUUCCGAUCAAAUAAUAAAUCAAAAAAAAUUUUCAAAACAAAAAAUAAUUAUAUAUGAAAGAAAGCACAAAAAGAAAAAGAAAGAAAAGAAUUGCUGAAGAGAAAAAACAGAUAAUAUUGCUACUCACGAUCCACGUUGUUUAGUGAUACAUGUUUACCGCAAAAUCGUACCCUACCACACCUAGACUUAUGUAACGUGUCAUAAAAAUUGCAAGGGCGCAAUUGAAUCGCGAGAAGAAAUGGUUUACUCUUAAUUUAACAAUUGAAUUUGUAUCGUGGUAAUUUUAAGAGAAUGGUCUGAAGCAGUGCAUGAUCAUGGUUAUCGUACAUCUUUAUCUUAUUCUAUCUUUUUAUUGUUACAUGUUAUAUUAUUAUUGUUAAUUUUUGCGCGAAGUCGACACCGAUGUGUGAACUGACUUUUCAAUUAUUUUUUCACGCCCAGUAAUUCAACACUGGUAUAAAAGUGAUGUGAUUUUUUUGCAAUCUCGGAUGCAAAAAAACAAGAAACAUUUGUUCUUUCAGAGCUUAUGAGAAAUUCGUUUUGAGAGAGCUGACGUUGCAUUCAACCAUGCUCGUUGAAUUUCAAAACCAUUUUCGCGUAAAAAUUGGUUAUCCCGUAUACACGGGAUGAGUUCGAGCUUCAUUGAUCCUUGAGUCUGAUUGACUUUCAUUUUUCACUAGGUUAAUAUCACAAAAGUGAGAGGAAAAGAAUUUUCGGAAUAUCGAAUAUACUUAUCACCAAAGAGGAUAGAUUAUUGUAACCCCAAUUCCAAUACGAUGAAAUAAUUUUUAAAUGCUUAUUUCACAUCAGGCUGUUUGGUAAUCUUGUCGCUGGUCGAAAAUGAGUGCAAAAAAGGGAGAGCAAAAGUCAGAAAAAAUAAAUCUGUAAAAUGAGUGAUUACCAAUGACUGGAUAAUAACGAUUGAUAUUUCAAGGCAAAAUUCCAGUAAAUAUUUGACUUGACCGAUGUAAAUAUAUUUAAUUCAAUAUUUCCUUAUUCAUUUUUUCAUCUUGAUAACAGUUAUCAAAGAGCGUGUCUUCACCUUUGAAUUCAUCUCAAAGGUUCGUGACCAAUCCACCGAAUUAACAGUCAUUCAUUCGUUUACCUAUUUUAUUUUUUUCCUUCGUUUCGUUCUGUUUUUUUUCCACUAAGUGCCUUCAUUUCAAUUCCACACUGGGAUAUUUUUAUAUACUAUAUGUGGCAGCCUAUCCGGAAAUUGAUCUGCCAAAAAGUUUUUUUUUUUAACUGUUGCCAUAUGGGAAGUUAAGCCGUAGGUGCAGAAACAUUUUCAAAGCGAGUAAACAAUUUGCAUUAUAAUAUACUAUAACCAUUACUUUCGGCACUUUUGGCAAUACUAAUGUGUAUCGGCGACUUAAGCUAAAUGUCUAAUUCGAACUUACAAAAAAUAUAUACGGACAAAUAUUUUA